AUUUGGUCCCAAAGCCUGCCGCUAUUGAGAUAUUAAUAAUGAGCCACACUGGUUCGGACAUUUUAGUAUGCUGAAGUUACACCAAGCUCUGUCCCGACCGCGUGGGCCCUGUGCGAGUCUCAUAGUCGCUUCAUGAUCAUUUGACAGAUCAUUGGAACGCCGUCCGCCGCGUCCAUCGCUGUGGUGUUUGCUUCCUAUGUUAGAAGUUUUCACGUAUAUUGCUGUGGCACCAUGAUCAGCCCGGCAUAACGUGUCUUUUGAAGUCCCAAUAAUGUUGUAAAGGGGUAAGUUCGCAGAUCGCUGACGAUUUGCCUUCCUCUUUUGUCGAUGUGGGAAAUACACGAGCCUUACUGAUGCUCCAUGCGUUGGGCUGCGGCAUCUUGUGCGACACUUCUGUUAGCUUCCCUACCUGCAAGCUAAUCAGUUGAUCUCACGAGGCAUGAAGAAUUCGUCAGGAGGCUUGUUGCAGCAUCUUAGCUUCCUGCUCUGCGGUGAAACCCCCGGCCGUGGUACGACUAAUAUUCCAAGUUCAAAGAAAUUCCAUUACUGGCAGUACACCAUCAUCAUCUGCAGCAAGCAAGCACAUUUCACAAAGUCUUUGUUAAAUCAUAGCCUGGCAUACGGCGGUCAAAAUUCGGAAUUACUAUUAGGCAGGUGAGUGGUAAGGCGCGGAGAUUUGCGUUUGCUUCACGAUUCCAUUCCCACAACACUCCGUCGGGUCGUUACAUCGCGAGGCACAGACAGCAGGUAGGUACCCG